UCUCAAAUUACUGGAUGCAAAACACAAGGACAAAUUGCUUUAACUUAUAGUGAAGGACCGAGUGAUGUUAGUGCUAAAAUUGCUCGUCAAUUAAACAAGGCGGAUGCUCGUGCCAAUUUCUUUGUGAAUGCUACAUGGCUUUACACUCAACAAUAUGCAAUGGUCCUUCAAAACAUCUACAAUGCUGGCCACUUUAUUGGUAUGACGUAUCGCGUUCCUGGUGAUAAUCCCUCUGCUUUAUCUGAUGAAGAACUCCGUAACGAUAUCUUAAAUAAUGCUCAUACUGUUGAAAGUGUCAUUCAGGUAGCGCCCAAAUACGUGCGUCUUCAUUAUACUGAAGAAAAAGAUGUACGUACCGAGAACAUGUUGAGAGAGCUUGGGUUUGUUAUUGUCAACUAUAAUCUGGAUAGUCUUGAUUACCUCAAGAAGGAUGCUACAGGGCCCAAUUCCAUUCAACAAGUCUAUUCAGACACAUUUAAGAAAUACAAGGAUACAUACGAUGCCAAGGGCUCAUUUAUCUCAAUUCAAUACGACUUGCCCUUUACAGGGUCAUUGGAUGCUGUACCUCAUAUCAUCAAUACGAUUGCUGAAGAAGGCUACAGUAUGGUUCGAAUGGAUGGCUGCUUAAACGAUCCUACUCCCUACAAGAAAUGUAAGUAG